AAAUAAGUGCGGUAGCAGCGUAAAAUAACUGCGCGAAAUUAUACACGCCGAACAAAAAUUCGAAACUGUGCGGUGCUAGGGGCGAGUUAUAAUUUACCUCCGGGGAAGAUGAGAGCGAUAAUAUUAUGCACCUAAUGGUGUAAAAUUGAGAGAUGAUUCUGAUGUAAAGUGUGCAACAAAACAAGAAAUAUGUAUGGUGCAGUGCGCGAAGAGGUCUCUGAAAGUUGGUUACACACGUAUGAUCUGAGCAGUACAAUGAUUCCUAAUGUUAGUUCACCAAUGGAUGAUGAGGAGCAUUUUUGCAAGAUGAUCCUGUAUAAAGAAAUCAAAGAUUCAAGAGUACGAAUAUGGGACAUUGUCAUAUUGAUACCAAACCUCUUGUUUCUUUUAUUUAUCACAGUGAGAUUUAAUAGAGCACGGCUUAAAUUACGAGCAACGAGUAGUCCAAUAUUUUUAGCAUUUUACGGACUUGUCAUUUGUAAUGUAGUGAUUUCAGUGAUAAGAUGUAUCGUUUCAAUGACUGUAAAUGCAGCAGCCACUGUUGGUGGCAAGGCAGACAAAAUACUGUGGGUAACAGUGAGAUUUUUCCUGUUGUCCACAGAGAUGAGCGUGGUUAUAUUUGGUUUGGCUUUUGGACAUUUGGAUAGUCGCUCAAGUAUUCGUAGGGUAUUACUUGCCACGUCAUUUAUAGCAUUGGCUUUUACCAUAACCCAAGGAACCUUGGAGCUAGUUUUACCAGAUGAUACAUUCCAUAUCCCUAGUAGAGAUUUUUAUGUGUUUGGUCAUGGGGGAAUGAUGUUUUGGUUUUGCAGCAGUCUUGUUUUCACAAUGAUAUAUCUUUUUAUAUUAAUACUGCCAUGGACACGGUUACGAGACCGUUUAACCCUUCCAACAAAGAAAAGUUUUUACAUUUAUGCUGGUACGUUAGCUAUGCUGGACUUAGUACAAUCAAUUGGUGCAGGCUUUUUAAACUACACACAAAAUCCGGUAGGAUUAUGUGUCGUGGAUUUCACUGCUGCAGUUUAUUUGACACUUUUUACACCUUUGGUUUAUCAUACAUUCCUGUCUGAAUUUUUUGGAGUUUCACAACCUUCGAUAAUGUUUUCAUACAAGGCACAAGUAGACGAUGCAAUGGAUGAAGACACGGUGUCGUUGCCGCAUCAACAGAGCUUCUCCUCGUUAAAAACAGACAGCGAUUAUAUUUAUCAGAAUCACAGUGUCUAUGACUCGACCCAGUUCGACACAAACUCCACACCGGUGAAUCCACUGUACGCGGCGUCUCUGCAGAGUCCGGAUAGCAUAACCGGUUACAGUAUAGAUAGUCAAGAAGGCCAAGCCCAGGUGAACGGUUAUCAACAGUGAACGAGCUGAUCGUGUCUGGCGUGAUUCGACUUACAGUUACGGUCACGAACAUGGAUCCAACGAUUAGUUCAACGAUCGAGUUCAAUUUCAUUGAAAGUGAACUACUGCGCGAAAUCCAUUGAAAGGAAAAACGUGUUCCAUCGUUCGAUUCUCCCCCUUAAAGAAUGAAACUAGAACGAAAGAACCCCGUACGAUUUCACUGAAAGAAUCUAGUCGCUACGAACAUUUUUAGAACAGUGCAACAUUGAUGAAACAUUCUUUUGAUUUCAUUUCUAUUUCUUGUGAUAGCAUCAAGAUAAAACAAGCGGUCGUGUGCUAUUUGAAAAAGGAUAAAGUUGAGUUUCUUAUUCUCUGUUCAGGCGAAUAGAGUUUCGUACUUAAUCGAUUAGACGAUUCGUACUAUUAGGGAAAAUGUUUAGACGAUGUACGAAAGAAAGCAUUUCAUUAUGUCGACAUCGAAAUGGUCAGCGAGCUGCUAACUUCUCGAGACAGAUUUCAUCAGUUGAAUUCGACUUUCGACAACUUGCUUAUCGUUUCUCCGUCCUCUUCACCAAAGACAGGCCUUCCCGGUCUCUCUGACUUUAGCGAAAGAUCUGAGCACGAUCCAUGGUGAACCUCCCUCGCUAUUUUCCUACUUUUGCAAUUAAGAAAGCAUUUUAUGAACGACGAGCAAGGACAAUAUUGGAGAAUGGUUCCCGUGAUCGAAACAUAAAAAUUUAGAAUUUUAAGGAGAACUCCUCGGUACUUCGUUGAAACUAUUUACGAAAGACUCCAUCCAUCGUGUAAUAUGUAUAUACACCCUGUAUUCUAGUGUAAAGGAUCGUGCUAUUUAUAUACUAAUAUAUUAUAUAUUAUAUAUUAUAUAUACAAGAAUACAUAACGUUAUAUUUAUCGAUAUUGUAUGUCCGUAUUUGUGAACGUGCUAGUUCUGGCAGAGCCGCAUCGGACACGACAAAAUUCGUCUGCCUUUUUCUCAAUUUGAUACGUAACAUGAAUCAUUCAGAAACCAGUGGCGAUAAGUAAUCAUUGAUUUUACUCUAAUUAAUAUCCUCAGAAUGUAAUGCGUUAAGACAAUUACGUUGAUACGAUAUAAUCGACAUUUUGAGGCAUUCCAAACGGUUCCUUUUGAUCUUUCUUCCCCCUCGUAUAGAUCUGACCCCUCUACAUUGCCAUGUUUAACGCGAACCAACGAUUUUUGUACCAUUUUUAAAUGUACUUUAGUCAGGAACCAAAGUCUCAAAAUUCGAAAUCACUCUUCAAAAAUGUUCGUUCGAUGUGGUGAUUUAAAACUCGUCUCGAUAAUUCGAUUGCUCCUUUAGAGGAUCAUUGGCGGUUAUGAUCGAACAGCAAUAUACACAUUACACAUCCUUUCGCGCAUUUUCUAACGUUCAGAUCCGUACGGAUCUGUGUAAAUACCACGAACAGACUUAUCGAAAGCUCUUUGGAGGCCGAAUCUCUCUGUCAAUUGCAAUGUCGAUUCAUUCACACUCACACGUACACGUAAUUAAACACACUAACUCGUUCUACUCUAAUUCUACCAGGCGUUCUCUUCUAAUUAUGUCUGACCAUCGUGAUCAGACUUUUUUUUGUAAUUGUCGGGUGGAAUGUGAAAGGCAAUACUUCGGAUCGCGUAACAUGAUUAUAUAUUUAAUGAAAAUAAAAUUACAUUUCAAUCGAA